AUGCGCAAGACACUCUUGCGCAAGAAAUGUCAAUACUGCGAGAGAAGAUUCUCCAAGGCCGAGCAUUUGAAGCGUCACGAGCGCUCACAUACAGGCGAGAGACCAUACACGUGUCGUCUGUGUGACAAAAGUUUCUCGCGCAGUGACGUGCUGCAUCGCCAUGUGAGACAUCAUGCACAAGGGACCAGCGAGGACGCCGAAGCCGAAGCCGAAGCCGAAGUCUUGGACUCGGCCACGGGUCAAGAUCUUAUCGAGCCCCAAGCUUCGUCCGGCGCAGUACGUAACCUGGACAAUGUUACCACCAUCGUCGAGACCACAACCCCAUCGUGGCAGCGAUUACAAAAUGGAACAACAUCUUCGCAGCUCAUCGGUCAGGCCACAGAGCCGGUAGCUGCCGCGUAUGAAGGCGACCCGUUCUGGAAUGCAAGCUUCUCCUCGGGCCUUGAGCAUCAGAUGAACCCUCAUGAACUCUUAUGGCCCGUGCACGUUGAUCAGGACACGAAUCAACAAGAUGCCGACACGUUCAUGGCAGUCCAUCAAGAGCAGCCCUUGUUUCCACUAUCCGCAGGUAUCGAGGGCCACCAAAGACCCAUUCAGCCAGCCGGUAUGCAACAACCAGAAAUUUUUGCUCAGCAUCCGGUGUCUUCGACCACGUCCGAGUAUCCAGAAAUCCACCCCAUAGCCUCCGGAACUUUUGAGGGCAGGCGGCAGGAGUCAUUACCGCAGGACCGACCCUCGCCACAGGCUCGUGAAUUGUUGGACACGCAGAGUCUUUCGGCCGCUAAUUGGUAUUACGACCUUGAAAUAAUCGGAGAAAAUGCCUACUCAUCUCGAGAUCCCUUUCCACUAAUGCCAGACUCGGCCGCAUUCGAUUUCGUGGACGUUAUCGAUCCUACCCAUCCUCCAAAUCGCACCCCUUGUCUUCCCCUCUCAAACGAGCGUUUUGAGAAACUCAUGCGGUGCUGGCCAAAUCGGAGAGACGAUGCGAUCCGCUUGAUGCAAACGCUGUGGCAAGAUGUAGCCUCCCACACAGAAGAGAACUUAUUCUCCCAGGCUUUGCCCCCUCCAAGAGUCCCUUAUGAUCACCGGCAAUCCGGUUCUCGAUGGGGCCUGGACGAAGAAUGCAGGCUUCGACUUCAACAUGACUGUGACUUUUCAUUCUUGACAGAACAUCCCUCCCCAGCAAGGUGCAACAACAACAACGAUCCAAUCGACCAUGACGCUUCAAUAAGAGAAUCAAUAUCAGGUAGUCCUCGCCGUAACCAUCCGAUCGCCUCAACCGUCAUCGACUUUCCUCCUGCCGAGAUACUCGAUAUGAGCCUGGACCUAUAUUUUCGCCGUUUUCACACCCUCAUCCCUUUUAUCCACGUUCCGACUUUCGAUGCAAAGUCUACGCCCAGCUCCAUGCUGUUCUCCAUGUGCCUGAUAGGCCUGACAAUGUUGAACACGGACGGCGCAACCAAGUUCGUCCGGAUCUGUUUCUCGAGUAUCCUCGAGAAAUGCUCCACGGAAUUGGCAUCAAGAUCCCUCGGAAUAUGCACGCCACCGCAGCUGAUGUCCACCUUCGCAGCCUGUUAUCUGACCGUGAAUCUUGCGACGAUGAGCCCAGAAACGGCUCAUCACGAACAAGCACUGACGCUCUCUGUGCAAAUGAUUUCGAUCGCGCAGCGGCAUGGUCUGUUCACGGCCAACGACGGAGACCCGUUGACCAUGACUCUAAUAGCACAGCAUACAGAUGGUGAGCAAAAGUGGAAAUCUUGGGCUCGAAUUGAAUCGGCCAAAAGGUUGAUUGUCUGUCUCAUCAUGGCCGACUCAUGGUCCGCAUACAUGUUUCACACCAGCCCAAUCAUUCACACGGACCGACUUCAAAUCCUCCUCUCCUGUGAGGAUGCUCUGUUUCGUGCUGGGUCUGCGAAAAAGUGGGCUCAAAUUGUCCAUAGCGGCAGCCUGGUUCUCAUGCCUUCUUUGGCGCUCGAUCCCAGUUCUGCACAUCUCCAAAAGUUUGAGACACCCCUUGAUGACUUCGGUAUGUAUGGAUUGCUGUCCAUAAUCUGGCUAUACAUUCUCGAAGCAGAUUACCGCCUGCUUCCCCCGAACACCCACAAGGUAAAAGGCAAGUUGCGGGUGCCAUCCGAGGUGUACGCCCAGGAUCCGCGAGUCAGAUUUGUGGGGUCCCUUCUGUUCAAUGUGGUUGAUUUGUAUGGAGAUCGAUUUGAGCGUAUGAAUCCAAAUUGCAUGGUGUUGUGGCACAGCAUGUGCAUAAUGUUGACCACCGACCUCCGCAUCAUCGAAUUGGGAGCCGGUUGUGCUGGGGCCGGGCGCGCACGGCAGGCGUUGGACGAUAUUGCGGCCUGGUCACAAACCGCAGCCGCCCGGAGGGCCUGCGUACACGCCGGCCAAACAUUCAUGAUCAUGUCGAAGCGGAAGGUGUCGGAUGGUACCAUGUUCCACUCCGAAGCCACGCUCUUCAUUUCUGCUCUGGUCCUGGGUCUUUACUUGCUAACGGUAUCCAAUACCGCUGAAGCCGAUGGGAACGAGACUUUGGAGAGCUUGGAGCUUCUUGAUGAUGUUGAUUGGCGGUCCGUGGUCCACGAAGGCCUCACGCCCAACGGACAACCAUACAACGGAGCUGAAAGCCUGGCCAAAAGAUUCAUCAGAGAUGGUGGCAGCAUCCAAUUCUCCGGCCUGAUCCACCAUGGUGGGUACCAAUCUGCACGGCGGAUACUGCUAGACUACGCAGGCCUGCUGGGAGACGUGGGCAGAUGGAAAGUGCGCAAUUAUUCUCGUGUUCUGCGAAUCUUGAGCGACACUUUGCUGGAUGUCGACAUACCAGCCUCUGGGAAUGACUUCUGA